CUGUAUCCCACUGUAAUUCAAUACCACAGCAACCCUUUGUAUUCUUCGCCUACCUUUUUUUUCAUACUAUAAAUACACCCACUAAUGCUCUUCUUCUUCACGAAUUGCUUCAUUACAUUUCAUUAUUUGAUCUACAUUUUGUUGUGAUACACACACACACACACUCUUGUAUUUCAGAGUAGGAAGUGAGAAAGAUGAAGCUAGUCUUUGCAACUUUACUCCUUAUGUCUCUUGUCCUCAGCUCUUCUCUUCUUCAGACCACAAUGGCUGGUUCAAGUUUGUGUGACUCCAAAUGUGGAGUGAGGUGCUCAAAAGCAUCAGUUCAGGACAGGUGCCUGAAAUACUGUGGAAUUUGCUGUGAGCAGUGCAAGUGUGUACCUCCUGGGACUUAUGGAAACAAGGACAAGUGCCCUUGCUACAGAGACAUGAAGAACUCUAAGGGCAAGCCCAAGUGCCCUUAAGUUUUAUACCAUCUAUAUAAAAAUAGAGUCAUGGACCUGUUAAUUUUAUAUAUUAAGUUGGUCUUUUGAUAUGGUGUGAUUAUAUAUAAAAUUAUAUAUAUAAUGGUAGCAAAAUAUAUUUAGUGAUGAAUAUACUGAAAUAGCUAGAGAGAUUGAAGGGAAGAACAUGGGGGUUGUUUGCCUCACUGUUUAUGCAGCUUGUGGUUUGUGAUACAUCUUUUUCAUGGUCCAUGUUGCUCCAUGUCCAUCUUGUUAUGCUUGAUAUAUUGUAUUAUGGUUCCUUUAAAUGAUACAUUAUUUCACUGAUCAGUGAAUUUUAUAUGGUAA